GGCAGAGCAGAGCAGAGCAGCACCAACCCACCUCACCUCACCUCAGCUCACUCGUCAAAUGGAAAUUCUGCACCACGUCGCCGGACUCUAUCAUUCCAUCAGUCACAUUCAACAUACACUCAGCACAGCACACGACGAAAUCAUGACAUCGGCAUUCGAACGAGCGACGGAAACGGCCGAAUUUCUGCGCUCCAAAUUACCCGGGCAUCUCGCUCGACCACGCGUGGCAGUGGUGUGUGGGAGCGGAUUGGGAGGAUUGGCAAAGACGGUGAAUCCGGGGACGGAGGUGUGGGAAUAUAAGGAUGUGCCGAAUUUUCCCUUGAGUACAGUGCCCGGUCACGAAGGGAAGAUUGUUUUCGGCACUAUGGGAGCUCGAGGCAAUGAGGUGCCUGUUGUACUUCUUGUUGGAAGAGCCCAUUUCUACGAAGGCCACUCGAUGGAGGAUGCUGGCUUCGCCACACGUGUCUGCAAGCUUCUUGGUGUGGAAACCAUCAUCCUGACUAAUGCAGCUGGAGGUCUCAAUCAGGAUUACACGGUUGGCGACCUCGUGUUGUUGAACGAUCACCUCAACUUGGCUGGGCUGGUGGGAUUUCAUCCGCUUCGUGGUGCCAAUGAGGAAGCUUUCGGUGUGCGAUUUCCUCCGCUUAGUGAUGCCUACGACAUUCAUCUGAGACAACUUGCACACCGAAGUUGGAACGAGCUGCGUCGGGGCAGUCCAAGCACCCGCAGAAUGCACGAAGGUGUAUAUGCCUUUGUUGCCGGACCCACUUACGAGACACGGGCAGAGUGCAGGAUGUUGCGAAACCUAGGAGCCGAUGUUGUGGGAAUGUCGACAGUACCCGAAAUUGUGACUGCGAGACAUUCGGGCAUGAGGGUGCUUGCUUUCAGCUUGGUGACCAACAAAUCUGUGCUGGAGCCCACGGUCCGCGCUGACCAUCCGGAGUUGCAAGGGCUGAGCAGAGACGAGCUCGAUCGCCAGCUCGGCAAAGGUGCUGCGAAUCACGAGGAAGUUCUCGAAGCUGGUCGCGAGGCUGCGUUAGAUAUGCAGAGUCUUGUGCUGCGCAUCGUCACGCAACUGUGAACGGACACGCUAGGAAGGCACAAUAUAGCGCUUCACAGCCCACCGUAUCGUAUCGCAGAAGAAGGCACACGGUAGACAGGCUUGCUUCAGCCAGAACCUUUCUUGAUGCCGCCCUUCCGUUUGUCCUGUUGCGCCUUGUAGUAUGCUUUCUUCCCGCUCGUCUUCUUGUUCUGAAUCUGACCAUACUUGUUUUUGAAUCGGCCAGUCUCCUGCUCUCCAGCGAGGACUUCCUCUGCAAAUGUUCUCUUGCGCUUUUUGUUCUCGAUGCGACCAGUAAAGAAUUCUGUUGGCCCCUCUUGAAUGGUGCCCACCUGACUGUACUCUGGAGCUUUCAUUGGCCCGUUGUCCUUUUUGUAGUGGCGAUGCGGAUCGAGCACAUUUCGCAUCUUGAUGAGCUGAAUAUCGCGUUUGAAUUCGGGAGUCAUCUCAGUCUUGGGCAGACCGUACCAGGCGUCGCCAGCAGUGGCCUUUUUCUUCUCUUCUGCAGCCUUUUUGGCCACGACUGGAUCCUCGACCGUCCUGACCUGCAGCUUCCGAUAUCUUUCGUCCACCAGCCGCGAUGCAUCGACUGUUGCGAUGUGCCCGUCCAUGGAAACGUAGGGGCGAGGAAGGUCGCCGGUGUUGAGCUUUGGGAUCGUUAUGCCUUUCGACUCGUUCUGCUUGGCUACCUGUAGCUGCGUGUCUUUUGACUUGGCUUGCAGGCGCGCAGUCGCGGCGAGGAGCUCCUGCUCAAUCUGCUCGUCGGUCAUAUCCUCAGCUGGACUCAGCGUGGCCUGUGUAGGCAGCUGCAGUGCGGCGGCCAUGGGGACAGCAACUGCAACGGCUCGAGUCUACAUUGGU